AAAGAAAGACUGAAUUGCAUUUGCUCAGGUUUUAUAUGUGGUUUCGCUACUUUGGUGUCGAUAAAUGUAAUUUUGUUUUGUUGAAUUCCAUCAGGAUAUUGAGAUUUGAAGAAGCAUACAAUGAUGAACAAUCAUUCGCACUAGUUGAUGAUAUGACUCUACAGGCUCCUUUCUUAGGCCAAGGAAUUGUGGGAGAAGUAGCUUCAACCGGAAACCAUCAAUGGCUGUUCUCAGACACAUUGUUUCAGACUAUCGCAAUCAUUCCACUAGGAUCCAGCGGCGUUGUUCAACUAGGAUCUACUCAAAAGAUUCUUGAGAGCACAAAGAUAUUGGAACAAACAACAAGAGCUCUCCAGGAGACUUGUUAACAAGCCCUGAGACAAAACAAAUAAAAUAAAAAUGACAUUGACCAAAAUGGAAUGCAAUUUCAAGUGAUCAGUUUUGCGAUUUUCUCUUACUUGCACUAAGGGUCUAACUGGUUUAAGCGUUGUGGGUGCGAGUGUGGUUAUGGGAGUUUGACUAUACCACUCUUGACUCUUGUUUAAGAAAGAUCUCUUGUUUAAGAAAGAUUUAAAGCAUAU